AAUACAAAUCACAACUUCAGUGCGCUAAUUGUUUGUAGAUAUUACAAAACAGUUUAAUGGUGAAACAGGAAGAGGUGGCAGAGAACCAGAUUUAAGCGGGUUACAUAAUUCAACAAAACGCCGGGUGUGGCGAUAAAUAGGCUCGUAUUCAGAAAGAGUCCGCAGAAAGACUGGAGGUCGAACUCAGUGAGUCCGAAAUGUCUCCGAUAGAAAACCUUUCACUUACAUGUGACUCUGCGAAUAAUACUUUUUCUGAAGGAGAUACAAUUGUUGGAAUGUUGUCUUUCAACCUGACCAAAGACACCAAAGUUAAGGGCAUUUUUGUCAAAGCGAAAGGGGACGCGCACGUACAAUGGAGCGAAGGGAGCGGGGAUGACGAGCGAUCCUACAGCGCACGCAAGAGAUAUUUUAAAGUUAAAGAACACCUGGUGACAGAAAAGGCUGAAGGUAAUGUUCUUUCAAAAGGGACCCAUCAUUUCAAAUUCAAGAUGACAAUCCCUGAAGGGAAUAUGCCAUCAUCCUUUAAGGGGGCACAUGGGAGUAUUGUCUACAAACUUGAAGCGAAGAUAUCCAGGAAGUGGCGGUGGUCAACAACAGUGGAGAGGGAAAUAAAUUUUCUUUCUAAGUCCAUUCGGCAUGUGUGUCAGAUAAAGUGUCCUCAGUCUGGGUCAGUCAAUAAAAAAUUGGGAGUUUUCUCCAAGAAAGAAGUCCAAAUGUCUGCUUCUGUCAACAGAGACGUUUGCUCUCCAGGUGACACUUUAUCUGCUUUUGCCAAAAUCUGCAACUCGUCGUCUAAGUCAAUGAGACCCAAAUUCAGUUUACAGCAGAGAACAGUGUACCGUGCUGGAAGUUCCACUAACACCACCCACAACACUUUAUUCAAAGCGGUUGGGGACCCCAUCGAACCAAACUCUGAGAUAACAUCCACCUGCCAAAUAGAGGUUCCUCGAACAGCUAUCUACAGCAUCGAUAACUGUGAAAUUCUCUCAGUUGAAUAUUAUGUCAAGGUAUAUUUGGACAUCAGCUUCGCCUUUGAUCCUGAGGUGGUGUUUCCUCUGCACUUGUCUCCUCGUAGCCCUGCUAGUGAGGAUCUGGGGUCAGAUGUACUGUGUGCUGGCCCAAGUUACAGUGACUUCUGUCCUCCAGCCUACCCUAAUUGCCUCAAUCCUGGAGCUGCAGGCCCAGAUGCAUGUGAAUACCCAGCACCAGAUCCAGCUCUGCAAGUAAACAUGCCAAGUGGCUUCAAUGAUAGGUGGCCAACAAAUCCCACUCCAUACGGCUUUGUAGCUGCUGCUUGUGAGUCUCCAUUACCUCCUGUUGUUCCGUAUGGGGCUCAACAGGAACCCCCAUCAUAUAUGUCCCUUUUCCCCAAUAAUAAUGACGCAAGUGGCUGGGGAGAAACAGAAAAGAUAGGAUAAACUUCAACUGUGAUGCACAAUAUUUGUUCUAUUACUCAUGAUGCUGAAUAAUUAUGUUUACAGGUGUGACAAUUAACAAAUUGCUUUUGAGACAAUAGAAAAACUGUAUUUACCCCUGCAGUCUGGAAAAAGCUGUUCCAUAUUCUCAAAGUGACCAUUUGAGCUGGCCUAUUCAACCUUUUUGUUUUGUUUUCUUAAAGUAGUACAAAAUAGUUAUUUAAUCUUUAAGCUAGAGCUUUAACAUUGAUCUCAGUGAUUGUUGGCUUAGAAACUUGACCAGUUUCAUUUGUGACACCACUCUGCAGCCCUCUGUUGGCCAGAGACUACACUUAACAGUUUGUUGAGCAGGUAGGUGUUCUGGGGGGCUCUUCUAUGUGCAUUAUGGCUGUUAGCUAUUUUCUGUGCAGUUAGCUUUUUCCAUUUGCUGACCAUCAAUAAAAAUCACAAGAAGAAGAAAAAGAAGUUUGCUUUUCUGUUGGCGGCAUGGCCUGGAAUUAAAAGUAAGGAAGUAAUGCUAACAGCCCUAAUGCACGUAUAAGAGCACCCCUGGAACACCUACCCCUCCACCAAAUUGUUAAGUGCUGUAGAGAAGUCCCACUCAGACAGGCUAGCAGAGAGCUGCAGAGUGGUGACAAAUAUGACACUGGUCAAGUUUCUAACCCAACAAUCACUGAGGUCAAUGCUGAAGCUUAAUAGCUUAAAGUUAAAAAAAUAUAUAUAUAUUUUGUGUUACGUUAAAACGAAGUUAUGCUCCAUGAAAUUUUAACACAGAAGCUGUGAACUUGUAAACGAGGAGACUUUGAGAUGCUUGAGUCUUGGUCUCUCCAAGUUUAUACUUUGUGAUUAUUUUUAUUAAAUGUUUUAUCAUUUUUCUGACUUUUACAUUUUUUAGUUCUGAGCCAGGCUUUAAUGGGAUUUAGUUUCUAGACCCCUGAGCUGAAAUGUAUACAAGAUUUUUACUGAUUAUUAUUUUUUGUUCAUGUUUGGAAAAGUUAUUUUAAAAGACGUCUCAACAGCAUGAAGGACUGAAUGUUCAGCUGUUUUUCUAAGACUCCCUUAUUUGUAAAUCUGUUUCAUAGGAAUUAUAAAGGGUUGCUAACGACAAAUAGUUGAUUGAAAUGUGAAAACAUUUUUAUUUUAAAUCUAAAC